UAGUAGUGGUUCAAAAGACGUAAAUGUUUUUUUGGCCGGUGUUGGCCUGUUGGAUCGUUACUGUUAUUUGGCUUCUCAAUUUUCAACUUUUUUUUGGUUUGCCGGGCUUGUGGAGUGUAUUGACCAGUAGCUUCUGUAUUUAUUAUUUUCUCAGUACAUUCGGAAAGAAAGACUUGCGUAUGGCAAACAAAAUUUGCUGGCAGUUGGAUCUUUGAAAGGGGCUUUGUCCCUAAGACAUUCGACCAAUCUGUAGUGUAUGGGUGAUGGUUCCUAUGAAGCAGAAAUGGAGAUCGUACAAAAGCCAAACUUGAUUAGUUUCUCUUAUCUGAUAAACAAGAGACAUUUAUUGAGUCGGAUAAACUUAUGCAACAUCCAUAAGGAUAAAUACUUAAUUGGCACGAUAGCACACCCAAACUGUGGGAUUCAUCGCCGUCAAACAAGCUUAUGGAGCUCUGCAAAUUUCUACAAAGCUGUAUAUAAGACCAAACAAGUGGAAUGUUUUAAGUCUUUUAGCAAGAGGCCAAAAGAAACUCGAGGGAAAGCACAUGUUCUUCUGUCUGUUCGAGCAUCAUUGGAUGAUGAGUUUCGUUCCUCUCAAAAUAUUGCAAUCAGUCUGUAUAGACGAUACCGGAAUGUUAUAGAACGUGGCUGUGGUGACAAUCUUAGAGAGUUUGUCAAAGCUGGGGUGACUGCAUAUGCCGUGGGAUGCACAGAUGAAGGCUUACGCAAGGAGCUUCUUAGAUUAGAAGUCUCCGAUGUCAAAGUAGAAGAUAUUGCUAAUAGUGGUGGUAGUACUGGACUAAAGUUCAAAAUUAUUGCCAAGGAGAUUGAAGAGUGUAUCCUGUGGUUGAGUAUCAUAUUUAUUACUAUAAUGUGCACCCCUCAACCAACUGUUGUUCGGUGGUCAAGGAGUUUGCCAGUUUCUGCAGAAAUUGAGUUACAAUGGAAAGGCUUUUGUGCUAUCAUUGCAAAUGCAUAUUUUACACGAGGAAUGGCUUGGCUUCCUGUAAAGACAUUGCAGUUAGAGCAAUUGGCCGUUAUGGGAACUGCAGAAGAGCCAGCGAUGGUUGCAGGUCGAAUGCGAUUAGUCUUUGUAACACUAGAGGAGGUCAGUCCCCAGUGGCCAAGGGUUUAGGAUCACUGGUUUCAGAGCAUGUUAGGCAUAAUUUUUCAGAGAAGAAAAGCAUUUCCUGACCAGCACUGAAGGAUUUUACCCACAAAUAUUUCUGGUGGCUAUUUGUAGUAUGCUAUUAUGCGUGAAGCAUUCUAUGAAAUGAACCAGUUCACAUUAUUAAUUUCUUUUUUCAGAUCUCACAGAUGCAUAGCUUCUUGUAAAUGACUUUCUGGCUUUAUGCUUGUUACAGAAGGUCAUCUAUUCUUGUAUUAAAAGAUACAGUUUGAUAAAAAUAUUUUACUCAAUAAGAUCACGGCAGCGUCUAUGCAGCAAUUUGAAGGGCGAACUUAGAUUCUUUUUAACACCUCCUUAAUGCAAAAGUGCGGUUUAUCUGUCUGUAUAACCGUUACCUAAGAUCACCAUCCUAUGACGAUCUGGAUUUUCACUUUUCUCCAUAUUCAUUCCUUGGGAAAUAAACACAAUUCAAUAGAUUGUUUGUCAUUGUCUUUGUGGCAACUUUAAAUGUGGGGCACGAAUAAAAGAAUUAACUCGCAGAAAAUGCACUUUGAGCUGAGUUCAUUAAUGUCUCUUGGUUUUACUGGAUGGCAUUCAAUUUUCUUUAUGAAUAAAUAAAAACAUCUUCCAAUGCCUU